AUGGUCUCCGCACGCUUCUCUCGUCUGCUCGUCGCUGUCUGCCUGGCCGCCUCAGCCUUCGGCGCGGUUGUCCCGGGCUUCAAGCUACAGGAGGCUCGCUCCUCCGCGCCUGCCGCGUUCACUCGCGUAGGCGCUGCCCCGUCUGAGCAGGUUCUGACCAUGCGUAUCAACCUGGCCAUGAACGACCGUGAUGGUCUUGAGGCGAAGCUUAUGGAGGCUGCUACACCCGGCAGCGCCUCGUUCCGUCAGUGGCUCUCCAAAGACGAGGUUGAAUCCUUCGCGAAACCUUCAGCGGCAACUACCAAGGCCGUCACGGACUGGCUGAGCUCUCACUCGAUUGAGGCCACUUCUAUGACGCCGGCUGGCGACUGGCUCAAGAUUGAGAUCCCUGUCAGCAAGGCCAACGAGCUCUUCAACACCGAGUUCUCGACCUUCCGUCAUAUCGACAGCGGUAAGGAGUCGGUUCGCACCCUCGAGUACUCGGUACCCUCCGAUCUCGAAGGCCUGAUCGAGGCUGUGCACCCUACUACCUCAUUUUCCGGUCCCCUCCGAGGCGGGCCGGUAGUCAAGGUCAACACGCCUCAACUUGCAGAGCGCGCUACAGCACCCGCCAGCUGCAACACUGCGAUUACGCCCACAUGUCUCCAGGAUCUCUAUAGCAUGCCCACGGCUGCCAUCACUGGUUCGAAGGCUACACUUGCUGUAUCCGCAUUCGACGAGCAGAACGCCAACAAUGCUGACAUGAAGACCUUCCUCACCAAAUUCCGCCCUGACCUCAGCUCGUCUUUGACGUUCACGACCACUCUCAUUGACGGAGCAACCAACUCGCAGACCGGCAGUGCUGCAGGUGUUGAGGCUAACUUGGACAUCCAGUACACACUGGGGAUGGCUAACGGCAUCCCCACCGCGUUCGUCGACGUUGGUGAGAACACUAAGGAUGGCGAUGACGAGGGCUUCUUGGACAUCAUCACUGCCUUACUGGCUGAGAGCAACCCUCCUCAAGUCAUCAGUACCUCCUACGGGUUUGACACCGAGGCAGACCUGUCGUUCAGCUUGACAAACUCUCUGUGCAACCAGUACAUGGCUCUCACCGCGCGUGGUGUUUCCAUCACGUUUGCCUCUGGCGACGGAGGUGUUGCUUCUACUCCAGGCGUCUCUUGCAACGGAAAGCCUUUCCCUCCCACCUUCCCGACUUGCCCCUUCGUAACUCUCGUGGGCGCCACUCAGAACGUUAACCCCGAAAAGGGUGCCGCUCUCUCGGCCGGUGGCUUCUCGAACUACUUCGCGCAGACGUCGUGGCAGAGCAGCGCUGUUGAGGGAUACCUGACUAAGCUUGGGUCUACGAACGCCGGCAAGUUCAACGUCAGCGGCCGUGCUUACCCCGACGUCUCGGCCAUUGGCGAGGACGUUCAGGUUGUCGUCAACGGGCGCACUGAGAGCGUUGGGGGAACCUCGUGCUCCUCCCCCAUCUUUGCAUCGGUCAUCGCCCUCAUCAACGACCAGCUCUUGCGCGCCGGCAAGCCCGUCCUUGGUUUCCUCAACCCCUUCCUGUAUGCGAACCCGGGCGCUUUCAACGAUAUCACCACCGGUAAUAACCCGGGAUGUGGAACCCAGGGCUUCCCCGCCUUGGCUGGAUGGGAUCCCGUGACCGGCUUGGGCUCACCGAACUACGCUGCCUUACUUGAGGCGGCUCUGGCAGCAUAA